CCCUAAUUCAUAUUUCAAGUACUCAGGAGCUGUGUGUUGAGUCUUGUCACAGUGGGCAAACGCACCAUCACCAUCAACCUCCCUCCCAUUCAUAAGCUGUCCUAGAUACCGCACCGUCAACCUAUUACCAGAAAUUAUCUCUAGGGUCUGAUUUUUAUAGCGGUCAAAAAGGUGGAGGGGUCCGUAACAUGGAGAGGAAUAUUGAGUAGCCUGAGUGCUGAGCUAGACAGGCAGAGAAACUUGCCAUAGGAGGCAUUUAUAAAGAAUCCAUAAGGUAGAUUAGGAAUUUUACUGGCUGGGAAUUUUCUAGGGCAUAAAGCAAAGGCACCAGCCUGCCUUAACUCCACCCUGAGCACAGGAAGGAGCAGCCUGUUCCUUGAAUGCCACAGAAGUACUGCGUUGUUCUUAAGCUGGUACAGAUUAUCUCCAAAACUUUAAACACCAGAGCUCGCAGCAUCUCAGAAGAUUUUCUAUCACUUAACAGAAGCUGUGAUAUUUAGUAGAUGUCAUGUGGUGCUGAGCUUGUAUCCUCCCGAUAAGUAGACAUGCCUUUUGGCUAUAAAUCUCUGCAAGUUCAGUAGAGAGUGGCGCUGUUGGGAUUCACCCUGAUGAAUAUGGAAAUGGUCACCUGCCAUCUGAGAGGCUCAGUGUUUGAUGCUGGUGUUUGUCUUCUUCCCUCAGACAGGUAGGGAAGAAGCAAAGGCACCAGCCUGCCUUAACUCCACCACAUCAGAUUGAGGUUCUUAUGGGUGGGCAUUUUUGGAUAAGAGAUGCAUUGAAGGAAUAUGCUUUUUGAAAUGCAGGAGUUAGAGAGGGUGGAGCUCAGAGUCUGCAUGAAUUAAACCUGUCAUGCAGCACCACAGUAUUUAACAGUGAGUGACGAGCUGUGGGCAUGCCUGUUGGCCAGCACACCAUAGCUCUUGCUGAUCAAGUGUCACCUGGAAUUGGGCCAUCUUUCCCAUCUAUCCUGCCAAUCACAGAGACUGCAAUGCUUAAGAAGGAAACCUCUUCCUGGUAUCUUCUUUCUGUAAGAAUAAUUCAGGCCAGACACAUUCCCUGCAAAGACCUAUUGAGCCAUUCUGAUUGCUAUGUUAGCCUGUGGUUGCCUACAGCCUCACAUGAAAAAGUCAGGACCAAAACCAUCUCAAACAACAAUAAUCCUGUCUGGAAUGAAAGCUUCCAUUUUAGGAUCCAGACUCAAGUCAAGAACAUUCUGGAGUUGGAGCUCUAUGAUGAAGAUGUCGCUACUAAGGAUGAUCUCCUCUUUACUGUAGCCUAUGAUGUAGCUAAAGUAAAACCUGGAGAAACAGUUCAUGAAAAACUCACUUUUAAUUCAGAGGGAAAGGAGGUUUUGGAAGUGGAAUUCAUGAUGGGAGGCAUCCCCAGUCCUCCUGAGAAACUCAUUACUAACGGCAUCCUGGUGGCCCGGGAAAUGUUAUGUUUGGAAGUUCAGAUGACCAAAGGGGAAAAUGAGGAGUGUUUAAAAAGGGGUGAAAGUGUUAUGCUUAUGGUGAAGGAAUCCUAUGAAGAAAUGCAAAGAAUCACUGAGGACUCAGACAUCCUGUGCUUGCACUGCCUAAAGGGUUGGGAGCCAACAUUAAAAGCCACACUAGAGAGUGGUGCAGCUGAAAAAAAAAUGCAAAGAGAUGCUUCCAGUGGCUUCCUGGAAGUACCACUUAAUUCACUCUCCAUUGGACAUAAAAUGAAAGUAGGACUGCCUUUGGAAAAGCCUGCACAUUUGGAGUUACAGCUGAAGGCCAAUGAGCGCCUGGAAGGCCUAGAUGUGCGCCUGGGGUUUGAUCUGUGUGUGGAGGAGCAGGAUUUCCUGAGGAAAAGGAAGAAAGUGGUUGCUGAAGCACUGAAAAAGUUUCUUUAUCUGGAACAGGAUCUGCAAGAACAUGAGGUUCCACUAAUAACUAUUAUGGCAACAGGUGGAGGCUAUAGGGCAAUGUCAUCACUAUAUGGCCAUCUUCUAGGUUUCCAGAAGAUGAAUUUGCUGGACUGUAUUACAUAUCUUACUGGAACUUCUGGUUCAACAUGGGCUAUCAGUAACUUGUAUGAAGAUGCUAAUUGGUCACACAAGGAUCUGGUGGGUCCAAUCAGCAAAGCUCAAAAGCAUAUUACCAAAAGCAAGGCAAGCGUUUCUUCCUGGGAGAAUCUGAAGCAUUACAUCAAGGAGCUGAGACAGAGGGCCCAAGAAGGACACCUCAUUUCUUUCACAGAUAUGUGGGCUCUUGUACUUGAACAUAUGUUGCAUGGUGAGCUAAAUAACAGCACACUUUCCAAUCAGCGCCAGGCUGUGAAUCAGGGGCAAAACCCCUUGCCUUUCUAUUUGGCCCUCAAUGUCAAAAAGGACAUGCAGAGCAGUUUUGCAUUUAAAGAAUGGUGUGAAUUUUCUCCUUUUGAGGUGGGAUUUCUGAAAUAUGGAGCCUUCAUUUGCUCAGAAGAUUUUGGUAGUCAUUUCUUCAUGGGACACCUGAUGAACAGGAUUCCAGAAUCAAGGAUCUGCUACUUGGAAGCUGUGUGGAGUAACAUCUUUUCUGUGAAUCUGCUGGAUGUCUGGAAUGUUGUCACCAGCUUGUACCCAGAAUGGAAGCAAGAGGACGAGAAAAACAAAAGUCUGUCUACACAGCCUUUCUCGGCUCAGAAGACCUUUUGUUUCAGCCCACCUGAUGAGGUCUCACACAUUGUCAAUGAGAUUUUGACCAGUCGCCCAGCAGGUGAACGGACCCCUAACUUCUUGAAAGGUCUUCAGUUCCACAAAGACUAUGACCAGCAUGAGGAAUUUUCUACAUGGAAUGAUGUUCAAGCAGAUGUGCCUCCAAAUCACCUCACACCUCUGGAAGAGGAAUUAUGUCUGGUUGAUGCCGCCUAUUUCAUUAAUACCAGUUGCCCACCAUUGCUGAGGAAGGAAAGAAGAGUAGAUGUUAUCCUGUACUUCGGUUACAGCCUACUGAAGACAUGUUUUGAUUCCAUAGAAGAGACAGGGCAGUACUGUGUGGAACAAGGACUACCCUUCCCGAAAAUAAUACUGACUGAAGAAGACAAGAAGAAUCCAAAGGAGUGGUAUGUGUUUGUGGAUGAUGAGAAUCCAGAGGUUCCCAUUGUGCUUUUCUUCCCGUUGGUGAACAACACUUUUAAAGAGUACAAGGCACCUGGAGUGAAACGCAGCCCGGCAGAGAUGGAAAAAGGUGAUAUAGAUUUUGUCAGCUCCACGUCCCCUUAUAAACUGGAAAAUCUGACCUAUAGCAAGGAGGACUUUGACAAACUGCUAAUGGUCGCUGAGUACAAUGUCCAAAAUAACAAAGACUUGAUGCUGCAAGCUUUCCACAAAGCUGUAGAAAGGAGAAAACAUCAACAGAGUUAAUUCACCUUGGUGGAAUUUCUGGAUUAAUAUCAAUUUUCACUCUGGCCUCUGUGUAAAUCUUGGUAAUGCUUAAAGAUAUUGCUUCUGCAGUAAUUUUCUGCAGAUUUUGCUUCCAGUAAUGAACCAGUAGGCUGAGGACGUACACUAAUAUAUGCAUAGCAGAAGUAGGCAGGCCACAGGCCUAAAUACAGCUUAAGUAGGUGACAGCAAGUGUCCGUAAAUCAGAUAAUUUAUCCGUAAGUGACUAACAAAUACCUGUCAGAUGACUUGUAUAAAGUAAAAAACCAUAAACAUGGGUCAUGAAUAUUCUAAGGCAGGGCUGUCCAACUGAUGGUUCAUGAGUUCAUGGCCUGUGGGCUCCUGUCACUUUUUCUUCCCCCCAGCAAUUGCCAUCUCCCUAAAUCACCUGCUCCUGCUGCUGCUGUUGUCGCCACCUUCCUUCUGGGCUGCCACUUCCUGCUGUUGCCUCUGUGGGUGGUGCAGCUUGUAGCCACUUAGAAGUUGGAUGGCCCCAUUGUGUAGUUUCAGACAAUACAUAUAUAGUUGCAAUGCAUAAUGCAAUUGUAAUUGAAUGCCUUAAAUGCUAAUGAUUAAGUAAGAUGGAUCACUAACCUGCCAGAAUUGGAGACCCCAAAAGAAAUAGACUCUGAAAUCUAAGGCUACAGGGAAAUUUUCCCAGUAUAAUUAUUCAUAAGCCAAAUAGAUGUUAUGAUAAUUUAGUGUCAGUAAUGCUCCAUGAAAUAGUGCCAUGGGGAGAGAAGUAAAACAGUACCAUGGCCUUCUCUUAGUCUGUGAAACACCAACCUCCUCCAGGCAUCCCUCAUAGGAUUCUAUAUGUAAUGGGAAUGCUAGUUGGUUCUAUUCUGCUUCUCUGUCCCUUGCAUAAUUACAGUUGUCAUGCUACAUUUGGCCUUAUUAAUAAAUGUGUGAUCUCACUUGUGCAACUCAAUAUGCCCUACCUACUGACAACAUACUUACUGAAGCAGCUAAUCUGGAGUGCUGAUCACUACAUGCUAAACUCUAGUUAAUGGAAACCUAAUUGGUACAAGUAAUUCAAACCAGGGUUCAGGUUACAAAGUACAAGGGCCUACAUUUUCUGCCAGCACCCAGAUGACAGGGGCCACUGUGAUUUGUCCAGCUUUGAACAAUCUAAUAGAAUAUUUUUGGUUGCUGUUUAUAUUACAAACGUUGCUUUCCUAUUUAAUAUAUUCUAAUUUUAAAAUUUAUUUUAUUAAAAGAGGAUCAUUUUACAGAAUUGUAGAGUGGGCAGGACUGUGACCGCUGAUUGAUUGGUUCCUGGUUCUUUUGAAAGGCAGUGUUGUCUAGAGCAGUGUUUCUCAAGCCAUGGGUCAUGACCCAAAAAUGGGUCGCAAGAAUAUUUGAAAGGAACAUGAACAAUGACAGAAAACAUGUGGGAAAGCACAGGUUUCCCCUUGCAGCCUGGCAGAUUUCCAGCCUGCCAGGGGCAGCUUGGGGCUGGAGGGAGCGGAAGGAAGGCAAUCAGGCAGGGGUUGCAACAUGUAUGUGCGUGUGCAUACAUGCACGUGGCAGCUAGGCAGGGUGGAGAGCAGCUCCCGCAGUUCCCCUCAGGCAAGUCUAUGGGAUGGGGGGGGCAUAGAUGAUGUAUCAGCAAUUGGGAGGGCACAGGCUACAUGUCGGCGGUAGGGGGCAUAUACCAACCCACAUUUAUGUACCCAUAGUGGGCACAGGGCUGCCGCCUGGCCCAGUAUGGGUAGGAGCUGCCUGCUGCUGCCACUGCCAUGUACCCCACACCAACUGCAAAGCCAGCAGCACGAGGAGGAACGGAUGCGGAGGACCACACUGUCCUCACCUCCUGCUGCCAACUGCUCAUAUGCUGGGCUGUGGCUCUACCCCACUGCCAGGGCCUGGCUGCCACCACCACCACUCCCCUUGGAGUAGACCCAUGGCUUGAGGGGAGCAGCAGUGGCCAGGCCAUGGUGUGAGCUAGAGCCACAGCCCAGAAUGCAAGCAGUUCGCGGCAGGAGGAAGUGAGUGCAUCAUGGACCACCCCCAUCCAUUACUCUUGGUGCUGCUGGUAUCACGGUUGGUGUGGGGUUCAUGGCGGUGGCAGCUGCAGCAAUGAGUCUCAUUGCCUCACUCUACCCUCCUGCACUUGGACCCACCCUCUGGGCCAUGGACUUGGCUGCUGCCGAUGGUGGUCCAGCCAGGCUGCAGCCCUGUGUCUGCUGUGGGCUCACAAAUCUGGGGGGGUCAUGUGCUCCCCCAUGCCACACAUCCACCCCCAGCCCCACACACUGGGGGUGGGGGGCAGUGGGUUGGGAGUGAGGGACAGCAGCAGGGCUGGGGGUUGGGGGGCUGUUAGUUGGGAACGGGGGCAUCGGCAGGGCCAGAGGGCUGUGGCUUGGGAGUGAGGGACACCAGCAGGGCCAGGAGACUGUUUCCUAGUUAAAUUAUUUACUGGCUUGGGACUGGCCAUCGAUGUUUAUAAAUGGGUCCUGGUACAAAAAAGGUUGAGAACCACUGGUCUGGAGGCAAUAACACAGUGCUGGGACUAAAGAGUUCUAAUAAACUCAAAUCUGCCACUCACUCAUUGUCUGAAUGUAGGCAAAUCGCUUUAUCUCCCUGUCUCUUUUUUUAAUCAGGGCAAUAGGGAUAUUAAUGCUUACCUACUUUGCAGGGCUAUUGUGAGGAAGAAUCGAACAUCUGUGCAGUGCUAUGAAUAAGUAAAUUGUUGCAAAAAUCUUAAUAAUAAUUAUUGUGAUGCUACCAGCUCUCAGAAUGAUGGCUUAGCUGUCUAGAUCAGUGAUUCUCAACCAGGGUACUUCAGCAUCCUUUAAAGGGUGUCAUGGGAUACUACACAAUAUUAGGUGUGCAAACACCUACACAUGAUUCUUGAGAUUGUGAUGGGCUGGCUGGCAGUGACCUAGCCCAGGGGUUUUGAAAGGGCAGAAGAUGGUUGGAGAACUUGGGAUUCCCUUUCCUUACCAAUCUGGUAAUGAUUUGGCCCAGGGGUUUUGAAGGGGUAAAAGAUAAUUGGAGGACUUGGGAUUCCCUUUCCUCACCAAUCAGGCCCCAGAGACUCACCCUCCAUGUCCCCUGAUUGACCCCUUGGGUCACCUGGAGGGGGAUAAAAAGGCCAGCACGGCUGACUCAGAGAAGAGACCAGUGAGGGACCACAAGGAAGGAGCUUCAAAGAGCUGGGCCAGUGGGGCAGGAGCAGUUGCCCCAGAAUAGCCUGAAGGAGCAGGACCUGCAGGCAGCAGUUGGACCCUCAGCAGCGCGGUGUGUGGCCGGCAGGAGAGGCUCCCUGCUGGGCUCCAGGAUCCCCUAGGAGAGGCUGUGGCCAGGAGAAGAGGCUUCCCGCUUCAGCAAGGAUCUGAGCAGUGACCUGAGGGGUUCCCAGCUCUGCUUCCAGCUCCUCCAAUCAGAGAUCAGGCAGCUCGACAUGAGGCCGGGCUCCAGGAAGGUCAAGACCCCUAGCAGGUUGGAGCAGUACCAGUGCUGGUGGCUGUGUGGCAGUGUUGCUGCCUACCACGUGGGAGAUCUAAAUUCAGGUCCCAGCUUUGAUGACUUGGGGUGAGUGAGCUAACAAGGAGAAAUUCCUCUUGCAGGGAAAGGGGCCAUUGUGUUUUCCCCCUUUCUCCCCUUCAAAGGUACCUAGGCCCUAUAUUUCUUUGUCCUUUGACAUUUUGUAUUUGGUGCCUUUUUAUAUUUCCCCAACCGGUAUUGUUUGCUCUGCUGUUUGUGUUUUAUAUUUUGUUAACCCUGUCUUUUGUCAAUGAUUGUAAGUGUCUAACCUUUGUUGAAUCCUGCCCCCUUGGGGCAUUGUAGUGUCCACUAUACACCCUGAUUAUGCCUGUUAUUUUCCCAGUAUUGUUCCCUCAUUAAAAGGUAUAUGGUUACGUCCCCA